UAACAGAUGUGCUCUCUCCUCUCCUCAAUUGCAAUGAAGACCACUGUGUUCAUUCUACUGGUUGUGGUUGUGGCUUUCAGCUCAGGAGAUAAAAUCAUUGGAGGUUAUGAAUGUCAGCCCCACUCCCAGCCCUGGCAAGCUUACCUUAGCGAUAAUAGAAUUGCAUGUGGAGGAUCUUUGAUUAAUGAAAGUUGGGUUGUGUCUGCUGCUCACUGCACAUUCUCACGUAAUCGUCUCCGCAUCCUGCUGGGAAAGCACAAAUUGCAUGCUGCUGAAAACACAGAGCAGAGGAUCAGAGUAGAGAAGAUCAUUCCUUACCCGAAAUACAAUGAUCAGCCUCAUAACAAUGAUAUCCUGCUGAUCAAGCUGAGAAAACCUGCCACCUUCAACGAGUAUGUGAAGCCAGUCCCUCUGGCAACCAAAUGCUCCUCUGCAGGGGAGAAGUGCUUGGUUUCUGGAUGGGGCAGAACUGAAGCUGGCUCUGCUUCUGUCCUGCAGUGUUUGGAUAUGCCUGUACUCUCAAAGGAGCGGUGUAAGAGUGCGUAUGGUACAAUAAUAACUAAAAACAUGUUCUGCGCUGGAUUCAUGGAGGGAGGGAAAGACUCAUGCCAGGGGGAUUCAGGUGGCCCUGUAGUGUGCAGCGGGAAACUGAAAGGUGUCGUUUCCUUUGGCAAAGGCUGCGCUGAACCAGACUUUCCUGGGGUUUAUGUUGAGGUGUGCCGCUACACUAGCUGGAUCAAAUCCAUCAUAGCUAAUAACUAACUGUUUAUUAAUUCUGGUUGGUCCUUUACAAGUUCAUUUUCCUAAAUAUCUGUAAUUAAGUUAAAGUCCCUUUAAGGCAAGUCAUCCAACUUUGAAAUGCCUCUCAGACAGCUAUUUCAGUCAUGCAAG